CUUCUUCUUCAAAUUCCUCCAAAACCCUUCUGGCACUUUAAGGAAAAAAAAACACUUUUGGGUGCUACGAAAUUGAAUUUUUCUGUGACAAGUACACAAGUGGAAAGAAAUGUUGCUCCGAGGUUGGUUCAUAUGUGGAUUUUUCUUUUUCUUCAUCGGGCUUGGGUUUGCGAGUAGACGUCAACUGCAUCGCAGAUUUUACAAUGCAGGGGUGCCACCAAAUUACCCAACUAUCUAUGUUGAUCAAUCCGGGCAAGGAAACUUCACAACCAUUCAAUCAGCUAUUGAUUCGAUUCCUUCAAACAAUGGGAAUUGGAUUUGUGUUUAUAUCAAGGCCGGCGAGUACAGAGAACAGGUUUCAAUCCCAAUUGACAAGCCAUACAUCUACCUCAAAGGAGAAGGGAAGAGAAAGACCAAUGUGGUUUGGGAAGGUCACGAUUCAAUCACGACGAGCCCUACUUUCAUCUCUCAAGCCGAUAAUAUUGUUGCCAAAAGUAUAUCUUUCAGGAAUUCGUACAACAAUCCUCCGACGGGUUCCAACCCCAUAAGCCCGGCAGUGGCGGCAAUGAUCUCCGGCGACAAAUCGGCGUUUUACCGGUGCGGUUUCUUUGGGUUGCAAGACACUUUGUGGGAUGUCCAAGGCAGACACUACUUCAAGCUCUGCUCUAUUCAAGGAGCUGUUGAUUUCGUCUUUGGUGCUGGGCAAUCUAUUUAUGAGAGAUGUACCAUAUCAGUAAUAGCAGAAGCAUUAGACGGGUUGGCGGGCUUCAUAACAGCACAAGGUAGGUCGGACCCGAAAGACACGAACGGUUUUGUGUUUAAGGGAUGUAAUGUGAUUGGGACUGGACGGACCUAUUUGGGCCGGCCAUGGAGAGAGUAUGCCAGAGUCGUCUUUUACAACUCUUCUCUCUCGGACAUUGUUACUCCUGAGGGGUGGGAUGCUUGGGGCAACGUUCUUGGUCGCGAGUAUAUGCUAACAUUUGCCGAGCACGAGUGCCACGGGAUGGGAUCAAACACUUCGAACCGCGUGAAAUGGGAAGCGAGGCUGGAUCGGAAAACGUUGACGUGGCUAACUAGCAUAGGUUACAUUGAUGAUGAAGGGUGGAUUUCAAGACAACCUUUCAACAUGUUAACUACUACUUGAUCUCUCACUCUCUCUGAUCUGUCCAGGGUGCUACUAAUUUGACACACAAGUACUAAUCUAAUUCAGGGGUAGUGCACUUAAAAGUUGUAGCAGUAUAGUUCUUGAAUCCUUGAUUAAAUUUAUCUUUUUCAAAGGCUUGAUUAGGCAUUGUUGGAAUAUUUUUUUACUGAAAAUGAAUUAGUUGUUUCACCAAGUAUUUGUUUAGGGAAAAUUUCUGUUAUUUACCUUCGACUUUAAGCAAAAAUUUAUUUUG